AUGCCGUCAAACGAAGGGACAAAGCAGGAAUUCAGUCCCCAGUAUGUUGACUUGGUCAUCGUCGGGGCUGGACCGGCCGGCCUCAUGAUGGCCAUGUGGGCUGCGAAAUGUGGAAUCAAGACGAAAAUCGUAGACAAAAGAGGCACAAAGAUUUUUAAUGGCCAGGCCGACGGACUUCAAUGUCGAACCCUGGAAAUCUUCGACUCAUUUGGCUUCGGUCAUCGCGCGUGGAUAGAAUCAAACCAUAUGCUUGAAAUUUGUCUCUGGAACCCCGAUAAGGACGGAAUCAUUCGAAGAAGUGACCGCAUCCCGGAUACGAUCCCUGGUAUCAGUCGUUUUCAGCAGGUCGUGCUACACCAAGGUCGGAUCGAGCGUUUUUUCCUUGACACCAUUGAGUCCUGUAGCGACAUUCGAGUGGAACGCGGUGUGAUGCCAUCCAAAAUGGAACUCGAUGAAUCACUCUUCGAGGAUAACGAAGCUUAUCCCAUUUCGAUCAGACUGCGACAUCUCAGUGAGGACGAAGCCACCCCUAAACAAACGGCGACUUCUGCAAAUGGAACUGUCGUGCAAGAUGGACUGUUUCGAAGUAAUCUUGCCCCAGAUGACACCCAAGAACUAUUGAACGGCGCAAAGUUGAACGCCAAAGCCAAUUCUGAAGAAAUCGUCCAUGCAAAAUAUGUGCUGGGCGCAGACGGAGCGCAUUCAUGGGUUCGCGAGCAAUUGGGCUUCAAAUUGGAAGGCGACUCGACAGACUAUAUUUGGGGCGUGCUCGAUAUUGUCCCAAUCACGGAUUUCCCUGACAUCAGGAUGCGGUGCGCGAUUCACUCGGCCAGCGAAGGAAGUGUGAUGGUUAUACCACGCGAGAACAAGCUCGUGAGACUUUACAUUCAGCUCACGAGGACCGAGAAACUAGGCGAGGGAGGAUCGAGAGCAGAUCGAUCAAAGAUCACACCAGAGACGAUAUUACAAUCAGCUCAACGUAUCAUGGCGCCAUACAAGAUCACGUAUCGGAAACUUGACUGGUGGACCGCAUAUCAAAUUGGACAGAGGGUCGGUACACAGUUUUCGUUUGGUGAGAGAGUCUUUCUUGCUGGCGAUGCGGUGCACACACAUAGUCCUAAAGCAGGUCAAGGCAUGAAUGUUAGCAUGCAAGACACGUUCAACCUAGGCUGGAAAAUCGCCAACGUCGUCAAAGGUGUUUCAGACCGAUCCAUCCUUAAAACCUAUCAAAGUGAGCGGCGCAAAAACGCCCAGGAUCUUAUUGACUUUGACCAUCGCUUCUCUCGCCUCUUCUCUGGCAGACCGGCAAAGGAUGUCAUGGACGAAGAAGGUAUUAGUAUGGAAGAGUUCAAAGACGCCUUUGUAAAGGGCAAUCUGUUUGCUAGCGGCAUUGCCGUCGAAUAUGGCGCGAGUAUCCUUGUUGCCAAACCCGGAUCUUCGACCAAGCAAGGUGACGGCACUGAUGUUGCUGUACAUUCUGGCCUUCGAGUGAUCUCGACACCUUCACUCGCUCCCAAAAUCGAAUUGGGAAAGCGGAUCCCAAGUUUCAAAGUGCUCAAUCAGUCGGACGCGCGACCUUCUCACUUACAAGAACUUCUUCGAUCGAAUGGCCGAUGGCGUGUCGUCACUUUUGUCGGCGACAUACGAGAUUCGAACCAAGCCUCCAAAUUGAAGGUACUAGGAGACAAACUUGCAAGUCCAGAUUCGUUUCUACACCGCUUCACGCCACCACCUCCGGCGCGCUACGACGAUGUGUUUGAACUGUUGGUCGUCCACAACACUCCGCGCCGUGAAACUACAAUAUUCGAUUUCCCCCCGGUGUGGCAUCCUUACGACGAAGUCGACGGUUGGGACUACUGGAAGAUCUUUGUAGAUGACGAGUCGUACCACGAGGGCCAUGGGGAGAUUUUCAAGAAUCUGGAGAUUUCUUCUCAAGGCUGCAAUGUCAUCUUACGGCCGGAUCAACACGUGUCGUACGUGGGUCCGAUGGAAGGGUACGAAGAGUUGGAUAAAUUCUUUUCGGCUUUUAUGAUAUCACCAAGGGUGACCACAAAGGCUGGGACAUGA